ACGGACACCUCAACAAUGGUGUGCAAUACAAUGUAGCUAUAAAAUGGGUUUCUAGCAGUCCAGAUCUGUCACCUAUUGAAACUUUGUGGCAGAGAUGAAAAAGGUUCUACGACAACAUCCUGCUCGUACAAUCACCGAACUGAGACAAAAGCUUCAAGAAAUAUGGGAUUGUUUUACACCAAAUUUUUGCCAAUACUUGGUUAACACUAUGCCCCAAAGAAUUUCAGCCGUAAUAAAAAAUAAAGGUGAUGUUACUCAAUGGUAAUCUUUCAAUUGUUGCUUUGUAAACUUCGAGCAUUUAUUCGCACAUUGUUUAUUUGUUCAGAUGUUCCAUUAGUUA